CGACGUAAGAAAAACUCGCUUGCUAGUUUUAAUAUGUAGAUUAGAUAACAUUUCAAACUAAUCUUCAAACGUUUGUUUAAUCAAUAGCCGCGAAGGACUUCUUGACGCCGUGAUUUUGCUUAGACGCAAUACAUUGUUUAGUGUUAACGAGCCGUGUAGUAGAGUGACGUUCUUAUAUUUUUUAACAUUUAUGGUUCGUAUAAUUUGAAGAUACGACGUUAAUGAAUUAAAUUUAAAAGAUGAGCGCGGAUUGGUGUAGAAAUAGUCGGACCCAGUCACACGACGUUCCACACGAAUCUGAAGGCAUCUCAAGUAAAAUCAAGAACAAUGCCAGAACGGAAAUGUCCUCUUCAGAGAAUUCCUGUUCAUUCAAAACCUGCACAAAGUUCCGCUCUGUGUUUAGAGAUUUACCACUGUACCGUAAACGCAUCAUAGAAGUAGAUACGGUGAGGUAUGGAGACAUAACGGAUGGCAAUCACAGUUCACGACUUCGAGGAACAUCGGAGAUGCACGAACCCUUAGAAGUUAUUGGUCGCCAGAGGCACAAAUUCUUUAGAAGAGCUCUCGUGCCGAAUCAGACACCGCCAAUAUCCACAAUGAGAAUUCCUACACCCUAUCCACGUGACACCUAUAAUGAUCUACAAAGUUCUGAAGAAUGGCCUUGCGAUCUUCCUACGAGACUCCAAGAAACGCGUAAUAUCGGGACGCAGUCCGAUUAUAGAGAAAAUGAAACACAAACUUCACCAUGGGAGGCCCCAUACAGAAUACAUCCAGGUCACAACCCCGAAGUUCUAACGUUGGCGCAUUUAACAUGGAAUAGCGGAUUACCUGCCGGAAUUCACGAGGUGGAAAUCAUUAAAAGAAUGAGAAUCAAAAGAGCUUGGGAAGCUAUUCUUCCUCCGAUGGAUUCACCCGAAAAUGUUAAAGCUCGAAUAGCCAUAAUAUCUGCUUUGGAAGUGGAUGACUGGGCCUUUCGCGAAAAGGAAAUUCAAUCUAUAAUGGAUAUGCGUAUGAAGUUGAUGGAGGAAUAUGAGAAAGUUCGAAGUAAGGAGAAGGAGCAGAAGAUACAAAAUCGAUUCGAAAGACUCAAGAAACACUUGGAGAAACGUAAGAAUAAGGAAAUCAUGAAUAUUAGACGUAAGCUCGGCAGAGAACUUCGCAAACUUGCUGCCAAUUACAAUGCUAGGAUUAACGGGCGAUAUCAGAAGUACGAUAUCAUAAGACAGCAUGCCGAUCCGAAAUCGGAAUUGUACGCACCGCAAAUGAAAUUUGGUGAAAAUCCAGGAAGACGUCACGAAACUUUACAAAAACGAUACUUGAAGGAGCGAUAUAUAGAUGCUGCUGAGAAACAAGACACUACACCCAGCUGUCUUCCUACUAUUGAGGAAUUGAAGAUGGUGAAACCAAAGCCAAAACCCGCAGAAUUGUGCAUUCGCGAGACGAGAUGGAAUGAGGAAAAUUUGAAGCAACUGCACGAUGAUCUCAAAGCUAUUAGAAUGAAUAUCAAACCUUUUGAUAAAAUGAGUUUGAUGAAGAAGAAGUGGAAGCCCUCGCCAAUGCCACUGUCGCCAUGUAAAAUGCGACCACUAAAUUUCGAUGACGUCUUGGAGCAGUCAUCUUUGUUAAUUCAACAAAGUGUCAGGGGUCGUGCCAUUCAGUGCAUGAUGUUUGAAGGAAGAGAUCGGUGCAGGGAGUUAAUUGAAGAAUUGCAAUCCACGCAUGCACUUCAGGAACAUACGAAGAAACUCCGGCAUCAGGAAAUGAAUGAUGUAAUAAAAUUGCAGAGAGAACAGAGUCAGAAGAUUUUGCAGGAAAAUCGUCUUUGUGAAAUUCUGAAUUCGUUAGAGGGUACAACAGUCUCUUGGAUGCUAGACUACCUCAGCAAGGAAUUGAUACGAUUACAAGAUGAACGUAGAGUACAUGCUUUCGCAUUGCUCGCAGAGAGAGAACGAAAUCGCAAAGAGGCUGCUGAAGCUGGUAGACGACAAUUGGAAGAGAAUCGUCGUAGAGAAUUAGAUGAAAUGUUUAAGCAAAUAAUCAAAGUCAAUCAGGAUUCGGUGGAUUCUUAUUUAGAAGAUGUCAUAAAAGAUGGUAUUGAAUGGGUAUCGGAUAAAGAGGCUGAACAGUACAUUUCUGAUCUAGCAGAAAAGGCCGACCCGGCGUCAGCCUGUGCCACGGAGAAUGCCGUGGAAUUGGCGGAGGAGGAAAUGGUGUCUGACAUGGUUUACAAUUUCGUAUUACCAGAAGUCGAGAAACAAAUGGUUAGGAAGAAAAUGAGGGACCGACAGCAAAGUUACCUGCGUAACGCCCACGCUGCAAUUUAUGAUGCAAUAAUGGAAUUACCGCCGAAUGAACUUCCUUCCACUUCAGCGGAGUAUAAUAGAGAUAUCUACGAGCAAGAUAAUCGUGAGACAGCAUCACUCUCCGAGAAGGAAGAGGAAAAUCUUGAGUAUGAGGAAAAGUUUUACGAUCAAGAGGACGUUCCUAAUGAAACGUGGAUAAGAGAGUAUAUCGUAAAUCAAACCGUUAAUCGAAUUUGUAAAUCUAGUGAUAAUAAUGAAGUAGUACAUGACCUAUUACAUAAUAUAACAACGAAGACAGCAAAGUCCCACGGAACAUCUCUUUCCACCGCUUCGUCACGCUCAUCAACAUCUUCUUCCUGUUCGAGUUGCACGGGUGAGCAUUAUACAGCAACGUAAUGGAGUGACAAUGCCUAAUAUGACGACCUAAAGCGCAUGUGUAGUGUUACAUAGAAAUAUCUUUCUCAUAUUCAUAUUAUUAAUUAUUCUAGGAUCAUUAUUGGAUACUGAAUUAUAGAUCAAAGUAACAGGCGAAUUUACGCAAUGUGUAUUUCAUUUGGCAUUUAAUACAAUACUCGUUGCGAGUUACGAACGGGGACAUUGUAAAGAUGCAUUAAAUAAUUGCUAUUUUUAACUGUUUUUCAUGAGAAUUAAGCUUGGCUUUUUUUUAGUUUCUUGGAGCAGUCUAUAUAUUUACACUUCUUAUUAUAUAUAUUAAAAUACUAUCGGUACGGAAGUUAUAUGAUAUAGCUAAUGAAAAACCAAGACGGAAUCCGUUAA